CACACCACCUCCCCGCCGGUACAUCCGGGUCAUCGCACGCCCGCCCGCACGGCCGGUCCCCCGCGGUGCCGUGCUCAGGGCUCCCCCUCCCCCUCUCCCCCCUCCCCCCGGCGCGGGCGGCUCCGGCGCCGUCGCCAUCCGCGCCCUCCCCUGCGCGGGGCUCCGGCCGCGCCGCUGCUCUCGCUGCCCUCGGCACGGCGGGGCAGGCGGCGGCUCCGGCUCCCGUCGGCGGGGUGGCUCGACUGGAGGCCAAGAACAGAGUGCAGCACUGGCUGUAGGUACCUUAACAUGGGGAACCUUCUAAAAGUUUUGACAUGCACAGACCUUGAGCAGGGGCCAAAUUUUUUCCUUGAUUUUGAAAAUGCCCAACCUACAGAAUCUGAAAAGGAAAUUUAUAAUCAGGUGAAUGUAGUGUUAAAGGAUGCAGAAGGAAUACUGGAAGACUUGCAGUCAUAUAGAGGAGCUGGCCAUGAAAUACGAGAGGCAAUACAGCAUCCCAAUGAUGAGAAGCUGCAAGAGAAGGCAUGGGGUGCAGUUGUUCCACUAGUAGGCAAACUAAAGAAAUUCUAUGAAUUUUCUCAAAGACUAGAGGCAGGAUUGCGAGGUCUGUUGGGAGCCCUGACAAGCACUCCAUAUUCACCAACGCAGCACCUGGAGCGAGAGCAGGCUCUUGCUAAGCAGUUUGCAGAAAUUCUUCACUUUACACUCCGGUUUGAUGAGCUCAAGAUGACAAAUCCUGCUAUACAGAAUGACUUCAGCUACUAUAGAAGAACUCUGAGCCGUAUGAGGAUUAACAAUGUCCCAGCAGAGGGAGAAAAUGAAGUAAAUAAUGAGCUGGCAAACAGAAUGUCUUUAUUUUACGCUGAAGCAACGCCAAUGUUGAAAACCUUAAGUGAUGCUACAACGAAGUUUGUGUCAGAGAAUAAAAAUUUACCGAUAGAGAAUACUACAGACUGCUUAAGCACCAUGGCUAGCGUGUGCAGGGUCAUGCUGGAAACCCCCGAAUAUAGAAGCAGGUUUACAAACGAGGAAACAGUAUCAUUCUGUCUGAGGGUAAUGGUGGGUGUCAUCAUACUCUAUGACCACGUGCAUCCAGUGGGCGCUUUUGCCAAAACUUCAAAAAUUGAUAUGAAAGGAUGCAUCAAAGUUCUUAAAGACCAGCCUCCUAACAGUGUAGAAGGCCUUCUAAAUGCUCUCAGGUACACAACAAAGCAUUUGAAUGAUGAGACUACCUCCAAGCAAAUCAAAUCCAUGUUGCAAUAACAGUUACCUGGAAUUCGCUCCUGCUGUAGACAGACAGUAUUCUGCAAUGACUGAGAUGCACAGAGUUUUUUGGUUUUUUUUUUAGUGAUUGCAACUACUAUCUCGUUCAUUCUUGCUCUUUAUUUUCUCUCUUCCUGUUUACCCUUUUUUAAUCCUUUCUUGUUCUUCAGCAAGCUCAGACUUCUUUUCUGUGCCAAAUCAAUGAAAAUUAUCAAUUCUGGAAAGUAUUUCUACUUCUCAGAAUAGCCAUCCUAAGCGGCAGCUAAUUAUGCGUUGCAUUUGGAUUUCUCUGUACUAGGGAAAGAUUUGUGACUUGAACUAAAUAUUUUUAAACUUGUGGGUUUUUUCUUUUUUUGAAAAACUAAUAUUUAAUAUUGCUUCUUCUGCAUGGCGAGACUGCCUACUUCUGCUAUUUAAAAAUCCCUUGAUGACUUCAUUUUCUAUUGCAGCUUAUUUUCAUGUGCAACCAUGAGGAAACUAAAAGCAGAUUUGUUUAAAUUAACUGUGUUUGUACAAAAUGGUACCCAACACAAACGUUUUUUUAAAUGAGUAAAAACUGUUUUGUUUAAAAGUUACGUUUGCAUUUUGACUCAUUUUUGUAAGGAUGUAUGUUGUAUGUUUAACCUUUAAUAACUAACGUUAAACUGUGGUGUGUGCGUAGCAAAAUUACGUAUGCAUGUUCAUGUCAAAUGAUUGGCUGUGGAUAAGAUAAUAAAAUCAGCUUUCGUUUUUCUAA